CGUGAUGAACACUUUGCCCGGUUGGAAUCGAUGAAUAGUGUUUAUUCUUGCCCCCCUCCCAACACACAACCCCCCGUAAUGGACCAAUCAAAGCAGCGCUGCAGCGCGAAACCUCCGAGCACCUCAUAUUCAUCUUAAGCUGCGCUUCGUUCCGGGAGCGCUGUAUAAUCUCCCCGAGCAGCAGCAGUUUCAGCAGUUUGAGGCUUUCGGAGCUGGAAUGGAGAAAAAUAACACUCAGCGGUCAGCAGAGCGCGUCGGCUACAUCACUCGAGUGGAAAGCCUCAGCGCCUGUCAUCGACUCCACAGCAAAUCCUUAAGUGAUGAAGAGAACAAGAGGAUAUUUGGAAAGUGUAACAACCCCAAUGGUCAUGGCCACAACUACAAAGUUGAAGUGACAGUACGAGGGAAGAUUGACCAAGACACAGGAAUGGUGAUGAACCUAACCGAUCUUAAGCAGUAUAUAGAGGAGGCCAUCAUGAAACCCCUCGACCACAAAAACCUGGACCUGGACGUGCCAUACUUUGCUAAUGUCGUCAGCACGACUGAAAAUCUUGCCGUAUAUAUUUGGGACAGCAUGGUCAAGCUUCUUCCACCCAAUAUGCUCUACGAGAUCAAGGUGCAUGAAACGGAUAAGAACAUAGUUAUAUACAGAGGGGAGUAGAUCACCAGUGUGUUUUCUGAAUGCUCUUCUAAAUACAGACUGCAGAUUGCAGGUCAGGAGGGGCAAACUGUAAAUCUCAGUCCUUAUAGGUUGUAUUAGAUUAGAGUGAGAGUAGCACCUGCUGUGGCCUACACACCACAGGCUCGAUGGUGCUGGAUUAGCGUAGGCACAGAGAAUUUGGCUCAGUCAUCGACCAUGUGAGAUUGAUCCUAUUAAACACGGAGCUUACAGCACACAAAAAUCUUUUCCAAAUUAAUUAACAGUCUUUAACCUCUUUUCUACCUCUCCCUUUUGUCUUAUGGCUCCCUUUUGAGAGCCGGUGUUGGAAAAACAGCCAUAUGUGAUAUAAAGUGCAAUGUAAAUAUGAAAUACUUUGUACUUAUGUAGAGAACAUGAGAUUAAUAGUUACUUUGAUUGAAUAUGUAGUUGUGGACGGAAAAAAGCCCAGUUUUGUAUCUCCACACAAAGUGACAUUCUCACUGCUACCACUAGGGGGACUUUGGAAUUUUGUUUUGGAACCCAACAACAGGGUCAUUUGUUUCUCCAUGGCGAACACUUGGCUGCAUUAAUAAAAAUAUUUCCAUCUUUUGUGUA